AUGCUGGAGGGUGUAUUGGCAUCCAUCCUCAAUCGCUUCCUAGCAUCAUAUGUGGAUGGCUUAAAUACAAAUCAACUGAACGUCGCCAUAUGGAGUGGCGACGUUAAACUGCGUAAUUUGCGCUUGAAGCGCUCGGCGCUCGACAAAUUGCGUCUGCCCAUCGACGUGAAGGAGGGUUACCUUGGCCAGCUCACCCUGACUAUUCCAUGGUCAAACCUGAAGGGAAAGCCUGUGCGCAUGCUUAUCGAAAACGUGUCUCUCCUUGCUGUGCCACGCGAUGCUUCCAUGCCCAUCGAUGAGGCCGAGGAAGAAGAGCGGCGCCAGACGCUAAAGCAGGAGUUGCUCACUCGCUCAGAAUUACUGAAUGUGGCAACGGAAGAGAAAUCAGAGGAAGAUACACAAAAAAAUGACUCGUUUAUGAGCUCACUCUUUACCCGCAUCAUUGACAAUGUACAGGUCACUGUGCGCAAUAUCCACAUCAGGUAUGAAGAUGCGCUGUCUUGCCCUGAGCGUCCUUUUUCGAUAGGAGUAACGCUCGCUGAACUAUCCGCUGUAUCAACUGAUGCCAACUGGGAGCCUACAUUUGUGCACAAUUCGGCUUUGGGUAUCCAUAAAUUGGCUCGGCUCGAUUCGCUGGGCAUAUACUGGAACACUGGCUCGGACUUUCUCGAUGCGACUUCGCCUGAAGAAUUGCAAGAAAAGCUCAAUUUGUUGAUCGCGUCGAAAGAUUACAUUCCAGAGCACCAGUAUGUCCUAAACCCCGUGUCUGGUGUCGGAAAGUUCGUGAUGCGACCCAAAGCAACCAAGGACGAGCCAAAGAUGGAUGCCCAGCUCGUUUUUGAUCAAAUUGGGCUCACUAUUAGCAACGAACAAUACAGCGGUGGGCUGAGCAUGAUCAAUCUGUUCAGCUUUUAUGCUCGUCAGGCACAGUAUCAAGCAUUUCGGCCAACGCAGCAAGAACUUGAGACAAAUGGUCCACUGGCUAAAUUUCGAUUUGCGGCUCGUGUCAUUGUCAGUGAAAUGCAUCAGCGACGACGUGUGUGGACCUGGGAGUAUAUGCGCGAGCGCCGUGACUUGCGCCUAGAGUACAUCCGACUCUUUAAAGAGAUGGUCAGUAAAUCGCCUAUCUCGGACUCAUCAGCGCCUUUGCCGGUACCUAACAAACGCUUACAAGAGCUAGAGCGCAAGCUUGAGUUUCGAGAUAUCCGCUUUUUCCGCUCUAUUGCGAGGCGCGAGCUCCGCGAGGAGCGCCUUGUAGCCAAUGAUUCAGCUGCAGAGGCUACGGCACAUGCACCCACAGCGUCAUCCGGAAGCUGGCUGAGCUGGAUGUGGGGCUCCAGUGCAGAUGCGAAAAAUGUGCCAGGUCUACUGAAUAAUGAGCAGCGUAAAGAGUUGUGCGAUGCCAUCGAGUGGGAUGAAUCAACGGGUCAAUCUUUACUUGCACCGCUCGAUGAUUUACCACCCGAUAUUGUAAAUCUGCACGUAACAGCCAAGCUGAAUCAUGGCUUUGUGCACCUACAUGACCAGUCAUCUGACCACAAUAUCCUCUCGCUUAUGUAUGACGGUCUGCAAGGUGAAUUAACGCAGCGUCCGCAUAAUUUUGAUUUGUCUGUAAUGCUGGGCGCCUUGCGCGUAGAGGAUGGAACAAAUUUAGAGUCACAAUAUCGCGAUAUUGUUCAAGUCAAAGAACGUGCCGAGGAAGAUCCCACUAUGCCGCUUUUCUUUGUUCAAUACGAGAACAAGCCACUGGAUGGUCGUGCUGAUAGUGCUCUGCUCCUCCGAAUGCGCUCGACAGAGAUCGUGUACCAUGCAUCGUAUGUCGAGUCGAUAUUGCGCUUCUUCAAACCGCCCGAAACAGAGCUCGAGCUAAUCGGUGCUCUCUUGGAUGUUGCGAGCUCAACAUUGGAGGGUUUGCGGCGAGAAACCCGCGCAGGUCUCGAGAAUGCACUGGAGAACCAUAAGACCAUCGAUGUCUCGAUCGAUGUUCAGUCGCCCAUUUGGAUAUUGCCAGAGGACUUGAAGGACCGACAGAGUAAUAUGAUGGUGCUAGAUGCUGGUCACCUUGCGAUGCGCUCUCUUCUAGCUGAGCCACAGACGAUGGACAUGGUCCGUGCAAAGCAUUUUCGUCAGUACACGGAGGAAGAUUUCCGUCAGUUGGAGGAACUAAUGUACGACCGCUACUUCAUCAAAUUGCAGGAUGUUCAAUUAGUGCUGGGUGCUGGCUACGAUGCAUGCAUGCGCAGUCUGCAAAUUCUCGAUGAGCGUGACUAUCACUUGAUGGAGCGCAUCAAUUUAACUUUCACGCUGCACAACUCCAUCUUACCGCGUGCUCCAAACUUGACAAAGGUCAAGCUAACAGGAAACCUGCCGAUGCUCAAGGUUCACUUCUCUGACAACAAGUACCGUUUGCUGCUUCAGCUUAUUCAAGCUGCGAUUCCGUGCGGCGACUCAAAACCUAUGCCUGAGAGUUCUGGCAACAGCUCUCUCCAUACAAGGCGACAGGUACUCGCUGACCACUUCCGGGGUACAAAUGAUAAUUUAUUAAUCACAGAGGAAGCAGCGGAGAGCGGCUCGUCUCAUGAUGAUGGCGAUAGUGAUACGUAUCAAGAUGCACAGCUAUCCGACACAGAGCAUCUUUCAGCGGAUGAAAAGCUCUUUGAGUUUGAUCUCGUUGUGGACCAGCUAUCCGGUACGGUCACCAAAUCAGGUACAAGCAAGCAAGAAGACCAGCAACUGGCUGAAGCUGUUUUCCAACACUUCCGGCUGGGUGUACACAUUCAGAAGCACAAACUACAGGUGGAUGUUCAUCUCGGCUCACUUGACCUGGUUGAUUGCUUGGUAGAUCAAGCCCCUAUGUUCCGCCACAUGAUCACGUCACGCCCGCUUGAAGAGACAACUGGCCGAGCUGAGCGCCCCGAAGCCGAAGCAUAUGACCUAAUUUUUGUACAGUACGUCCAAGUGAGUCCAUCAUCGCCCGAUUUUUACGAGAAGCACGAUGGAAUUGAGAGCUCAACGCUGGUAAACCUGUCCACACUCAACUUGAUGGUGACGCGAAUCACGGUCCUGACCGUCUACGACUGGAUCAUACAGACAUUUACGAGCGGCUCGAUGGAGACGACGGAGCCGGCGUCUGAGGCGUCGAGCGAGGUAGACGAGCCAUCUUCGUCAGAGUCGAUGACUCUAGAAGAGAAGUCGUCUAAAACUCGCGUCAAGGUCAAUCUUUCGUCUAUCUUGUUGCGUUUAAACGAUAAUGGCACGUUGCUCAGCACGCUGACUUUAUCGACGGCCAACAUUGCUUUGCUACUGCGCGCAAACUCCAUGCGCCUUGCUGCCCGGAUUGGAUCGCUCUCACUUCUAGAUGAGAUCGUUAGAGAGCGUGCGGAUCUCUCAUUUUCUAAGCUUUUAUCUAUUGAGGGCGAUGAACUAGUCGAUUUCGCGCUUGAAACAUUCCAUCCGGAUGAUGCGCAGUAUCCUGGCUACGAUACUUUUGUAUGGCUGCGCAGCAAUACACUCAAGAUUGUUCUUGUGCCUGAGGCGUAUGCCGAUAUAUUAGGCUUUGUGACGAAGUUCGCCAAAAUGAAAGCCGUAUAUGAUGCGGCCAAGACAGCGGCUUCUGCACAAGCAUCUCAGUUACAAAAAACGCAUGGUUUGACACGAUUCGAUGUACUGGUCAAAACACCGAUUCUUGUUAUGCCCUACAGCCUAAACUCGAAGGAUCACAUGACGGGUCAAUUGGGUGAAUUGUAUGCUCACAAUACCUUCGACACCAAAGACAAGGUGUGCUUGUCAACGCUGCAAGCGGGUCUGCGUCAGAUUCACUUCAAAUCUUACUUUACAAGUGACAAGGACGAAGAUGUUCAUGAGCUCACAAUGCUCGACGAUGUUCACAUCUCGAGUGAAAUUGUGGAAAGCAUGCCUAUUGGGUCCCAUGAUGAGACGGAGCACAGCUUUGAGUUUUCUGCCAACAUGUCAGACAUUAAUGUCAAGCUCACAAAGCGUCAAUAUGUGCUACUAAUGACGCUAUUUCAAAGAGCUUCAAUCCUCUGGAAAGCCGAUACCGAAGUGCCAUUAUCUGAAAUCGCACCGGACGGCGAUGGCGACAAAGCGGCGCGCGCUUUGGACGCCGUGGAAACUCAGAGCCCUAAAACCCAUGCUGCGAUCCUUCAAGUCGCAGGUGACUUUACUCUCAAGAAGGUGUGUCUGGACCUAUACGACGAAACCGCUGUUGACGCCGAAACGCUCGGAGAGGCCAGUCUCUUCUGCUUCACCGUUGAUGACACGAGACUUAUGGUGCGUCAGGACCCCGACUCAGGCACGGAACUCGAGGUGGAUGUGCAGGCUUUCUCCGUCAUUGAUACUAACAAGUCACGCGAGACGCAUUUCCGUGAGAUUAUUCCUGCCACUUCACAUGCAAGUCAUCAAUUCAUGCUCAAUUAUACUGUGUCACCCCCACCUGAGAAUCAUGCGAUGGUGGUCGUCACAAUCGAUAAUCCUGUGCUGAUUUUCUCUCUUGACCCGCUGUUCUCCCUUAUUUCUUUCUUGGCAGCCGGUUUCCCCGAAUCACCCACGUCUGAUACGUCAUCCAAACCUGAUUCUCCCUUGUCCUUGCCUGAAACGAGCGACUCGGCUGCUACGAUGCACUCGAGUAUUACGGCACGGUCACCAAAAACGCCGAGACUGCCUCCGCCCGCGCCCCUCGCUUCCAUCACGUCUCUGCGUGUGAAUAUCGUUGAGCCACGUAUUAUUUUGCUUUCAUCGCCGAAGCAGUCGGACUCACAAGCUAUCGUGCUUCUUUUGCGACAGAUCGUGUUGACAAAGCAAAGCGUGAUGGCCCUUUCACUCACGCAGCUGGGUGUGUAUGUUUGGCGAAUGAACGCACCCAAAGACCGUCAAAGCUUGUUAAACGAAGUGGAUGUUUCGCUAUCGAUGGACGCGCAGAUGACACCGACAGGUAAGAUCACAGGUAUCGAGAUCGACAUGGGUCGCCUGCUUGUCCGCUUCACGCGCUCUGAUAUCGAAUUGCUAUCGAAUGUGUUGAGCAACGCGAUGGCUCUAUCGAGAAUCGAGUCUCCCAAGACAUCUGCUGAGCCUGCAAAACCAGUAGUACAUGCUCCCUCCGUUUUGAACAAGAUCACAGAUGCGCAUGAGGACAAUGGUCAGGUCCUUUUCUCGCGUGAAGAGCUGACAGUGCGUGGCGGUGGCUUGCAAUGUGUCAUGAUCAGUGAGGUACAGAUGCUACCUGUUCUCGACAUGAACGUGAAACCUUUCACCCUUUUGUUGAAUGAUUGGUCCGCCGAUAUGCGUCUGAACACAGAGCUGGACUUGUCGUUUAAUAAUUUCAAUUUCGCCACCUCCAACUGGGAGCCAUUGAUCGAGCCAUGGACCGUGUCACUGCGUUAUGAGCGUAACUUGUCGCCAGAGAGCAGUACAUUUACAAUAUCGUCUGGCAAGCGCUUGGAGAUUAAUGCGGCUGCUCAGUUUGUCGAUACAACAACGAAUCUAUUCACAUACCUCGACAAGGAUAACCGCGUCAAAGAAGAGGCUCGGCACUUGGCGCCCUUCCGCAUUCGUAAUCACACGGGCUACCGGAUCAGCGUAUACUCAGAAUCACCCCUUGGAUCGUCUAACACACGCAACCAUGUGCACCAUCUCGACAAUGGCUACGACAUGCCGUGGUCCUUCGGUGACUGGCACGCGAUUCGUGAGCAUGCAACGGAAAUGACAUACAAUCGACUCGCGGUCCAAAUCGAAGACAUGCCAUGGGAGCGCGUGCGUCACAUUGCCGUGGACCACGAGGGCGAAUACGUAAUGACUUUGCGCCCGAAGCUCGAAAAUAUCAGUCACCGCUUGCUAUGUGAGGUCAAGCUUGACAACAACAUCAAGGUCAUCACGUUCCAGUCGACCUUCCGUAUCGAAAACCGUGCUCUGAUACCAAUUGAAGCUUGUAUGCUUGACGAGCAGGGCAACACUACUGAUCAUGUGCUGCGCAUAGAGCCCGAGACAUAUUCAGCCCUCCCAAUCUGUGACGCCUACAGCCGUCAAGUCAAGGUGCGACCCGAUCCAGGUCUCGGCUACACGUGGUCAAACGAGUCGGUGGGCUGGCAGGACUUGCUCAUGACGUCGUCUCACUCUUUUGUGUGUCCUGCCUUGGAUGAGGGCGAGGCGCCGUUUCAGUUCCAGGCUUUUGCCGUUCAUGAUACGCAACACAUGUCUCGUCGAAACUAUCCACGCCUGACGCUGGCCUUGCGUGCACCUGUCGAAAUUGAGAAUGUACUCCCCUACGACAUCCACUACCGCUUGUUCGACAAGAAUCUCAACCUGAACUGGUCGACCUUUUUGCGUCGCGGUGGCAUAUCACCCAUUCAUGUCGUCGCCGUGCAGCAUUUGCUGCUUCUCAGCAUUGAGCUAGAGGACUCCGUAUACUCACCGAGUGAGUUUGCUAUUAUUGCAUCUGACAACCCGGACGAUUUUCAAGUUGAGAAUACCCUGCUGCUUGCGGACGAAUCAAAUCUUAAGCUGGAGCUUCAGCUGCACUAUCACUCGUAUCCUAACUCGGGCGGUGCUUUCAAGGUUCAAAUUUUCUCACCCUAUAUCUUUUUGAACUUGAGUCAAUUACCGGUAACGAUCAAGACGAGACCUUGGGCCGGUCAUGCAAAAAUGGUGGCUGGUCAGGAAUCGCAUGAUGACGACUAUGAUGCGUCAGAACAGCGCAAGCCAUUUUUAGUGUCGCGCAUCGGAGAAAGUAACAACCGUUUCCUGAUUCGCUCGCGCGACUCAAGCUGGUCUAAGCCGCUCUCGUUCGAUGUUAUUGGUUCCGAAGUGGGGGUAGUGAUUCCUUCCAGCAGCGGCGACCGUGAACUGCACCUUGGUCUGGACAUUCAAGAUGGUCUGUCGAAGUUCAAGCUCAGUAAAGUGGUCAAGCUUGCUCCGCGAUACCUCAUUCACAACAAGCUUUCGCACGCCGUUCUCAUUGCUGAAUCUAUGGGUGGUGAUCCGGUCCGUAUUGGCGCAGACGAACGUGUGCCGCUCCACUGGUUCCAUGUGGCUUCUAACAAACAUGCCACACUGGCAUUAGAAGGCUCGAACCUUGAAUGGACGGCGCCGUUCAGCAUCGAUAACAUUGGCAACGUCUACCUCAGAAUGGUCCGUGAUGAUGAGCCUCAGCACUUGAUCCAAGUGGAUGUCCAGAUUCAGGGUCCUACUAUCUUUGUCCGCUUGCUGCCCAGCGAGGGCGCGUGGCCAUUUUUGCUGCGCAAUGAGACACAUCAUACGAUUGUGUUUAUGCAAACGGGCUCUUCCACAGAAGCACAGUUGAGCUCACGAGACACAAAUCCGAAGAGGUACGUGCUCAAGCCACGCAGCAAGAUGAAGUACGCCUGGGACUACCCCGCGGAUGCCGACAAGUACAUCCGUCUGCAGAUCAACGGGAGUGAGCGUGUGAUCAACAUUUUGGAAAUUGGCUCUCUACUCCCAUUCAAAUUUGCUGCGCUCGACGAUCUACCAGCUGGUGUGGUAUCGCUUGACGUACGCGCUGAUGAAACGACGCAAGUCCUUGUGAUUUCAGACUACUCCGAAUCGAAGAGUAACUUCAAGGUGCUGCGUGAGAGUGGCCCAUCGGCAAACCCCGACAUCAAGUUCAAGGCUGUUGACGUCGACACGUCGAUCUUAUUUGCGUUUAAUAUCGAGCUUGUUGGCGUGGGUAUCUCAUUCAUUUCUCACAAGGUGCGCGAAAUAGCGUAUGUUACGUUCCGAGGUCUUGAGCUGAGCUAUUCGGAAUCACAGGUGACGACGGCGGUAAAUGUGAUUUGCAAAUGGAUUCAGAUCGACAAUCAGACGCCACGCAGCAUUUUCCCGAUCGUACUGUACCCAACAGUCGUUCCGAAAGACGGCAAAGAAUUGGACGUGCAUCCCACACUGCAGGCCUCAGUCAUUCGAAAGAAAGAUGAAUCGCAUGGUGUGCGACACAUAAAAUAUGCCUCUAUCCUGCUGCAAGAACUCACGACCGAGCUCGACGAAGAUUUCCUGUUCGCCAUUUACGAUUUUGUGCGUGCAAGUGGUGUUGAAGUUGAGAAAGAACACGACGAGACUGUCUACAUUGAAAAUCCGAACAAUCUGCCUGAACCUCCGAUUCAGGCAGUCGGCACUGAUCAGGUGUAUAUUGAAAUUCUGCAUUUACAACCGAUUGCUUUGAAUUUGUCGUUCAUGUCGACAGAUCAUGACGAGGCCGACGAGACCGAAAGCUCGCGUACGCUAUUCUUUUACAUCUUUAACUUGUUGACCAUGGUGCUGGGUAAUGUGAACGAGGCACCCGUGCGUCUGAACGCGCUAGUCAUUGAGAACGUGCGUCUUUCUAAACAAGUUCUGCUGAACCGCGUCGCGUACCACUAUGGCCAGGGUGUGCUUUUCCAGGUGCAUCGCAUUCUUGGCUCUGCUGACUUUUUGGGCAACCCAGUCGGUCUCUUCAACAACGUCAGUUCAGGCGUAGCCGACAUUUUCUACGAGCCUUACUACGGUCUCAUUAUGCAUGGUAAUCGUGAGCUAGGCUUUGGUAUUGCUCGUGGCGCUAGUAACUUUGUGAAAAAGACCGUGUUUGGUGUCACAGACAGUGUGUCCAAGGUAACAGGCUCGAUUAGCAAGGGUUUGGCCGCUGUCACCAUGGACCGUGAUUUCCAGUCUCAUUGGCGUUCGAGGCACUUCCGCAACAAACCUAAGCACGCUCUUUAUGGCAUCACAGUAGGUGCCAAUUCACUUGUUACCAGCGUAGCCAGCGGCAUCGAGGGUUUAGCCCUCCGUCCUCUUGAAGGCGCCGAGGAUGGUGGUGCUUCCGGCUUUAUGCAAGGAUUAGGCCGUGGUCUGGUGGGUGUUGUGACUAAGCCUGCUGCAGGUCUGUUUGAUAUGGCAAGCAGCAUUACCGAAGGACUGAGAAACACGACCCAGGUCUUUGACCAGAACACUAUUGAUCGCGUUCGACUGCCGCGCUUUAUUGCCAGUGACCAACUGGUAAGGCCAUAUUCAGAGCGUGAAGCGCUCGGUCAAAUGUGGUUGCAAACGCUGGAUUCGGGUCGACUCAUACGCGAUCAGUAUGUGGCGCAUAUCAACACUUCAGGCCAGCAUGCAGGGGUAACCAUCAUGCUGUCGGAAUCGCGCAUUCUGUACAUUCGCACAGCACGGCUAAAGGCUCUAUGGGAAGUGGCAUGGUCUGAUCUAAGCACGAUUUCGCUGGAGAACAAUGGCAUUUCUCUUGUGCUUCGUGGCGGGGUAGUUGGGCCCUUCCUCACGAUCCAGGAAGAAAGCACGCGAUUGUGGCUCUUCCGCAAAAUUUCCGGGGUCGUGCAAAAGUACAAUGCGGCUCAUGCAUGA